AUGCCCAGCGGAGGAGGAGCCAUCAAGGGGAUGAAAGAAGCUUCCGACGUCAACCUAGUCUCUGGAAGCGUCACGAUGAGCGUCCCGAUUUCAGUCACGGCGUCUUCACGCUGGGGCAUGCCGAACAUAUCCUUGUCAUACGACUCCGGGGCUGGGAACGGGCCGUUUGGACUUGAAUGGCAUCUGCUUGGAUUGCCCGCUAUCGAACGUAAGACGGCCAAUGGUCUGCCAACAUACGAAGAUGGUAUAGACAGAUUUAUGCUGAAUGGGAACGAAAUCGUGCCACUUUUUGAACCCGACGGGCUCGGUGACUGGAAAAUGAACGACGACGGCACUUACAAACUGGACCAACGACUCCAAGAUGGACAUCAAGUGUGCAAGUAUAGCCGCUGCGUAGAUCACUCAUUCGAGCGCAUUGAGAAGUGGACCAACGCAGGGGACCCGGCUGAUGUUCACUGGCGAGUCUUGUCGUCGAAGAACGAGACACAAAUCUUUGGUGGCUCUAAAGACUCCCGGGUUGCGCAAGGCCCUCGGGUAUUCCGUUGGCUGCUAUGCGAGUCAUAUGACAAGCAUGUCUUCACGGGCAACGGUAUUGGUCCUCAAGCGUAUCAAGUACGGAAACAUGACAAACAUCGUGGUGAAGACUGGAACACUGUAGCGUCGUCCGUAAGCUUGAAAUACCUUUUCGAAGUCGUCUUCGACUAUGCCGAGCACGCCAAUGAGGUAGAAGAUGCAUGCGAAGAGUCCCCAUCCGGCUGGCCAGUGAGAUCGGAUCCCUUCUCUGUCUACACGCCUGGCUUCGAGCUGCGAACCUACCAUCUGGUGUACACCGAGAACGCGAACAUUUCGUUCCUAGAAAGUGUGUGUCAGACUGGCUACACAACGACGGCCAGCACGAAGACAGUCACUAGCACCCGUCCACCCAUGGAAUUCGAAUAUACUAGUGCCCCGCAAGCAAUUGACCUGCAACAGCUUACGUUCGAGGCUUUUUAUGCGAGUUCUGUCCAAAGUAUCCCGACUAAUACUUUCUCUGAGAUCCAAUGGGUAGACCUGGCGGGAGACGGCACAACAGGUAUCUUGGGCCAGAGCAACAAUGCAUGGCGUUCUACCAAUGCCAAUACAGCCCCGAUGACGGCAGUUUCACCUGGCUUCCCUAUGCCGCCUUCGAAUCAUGGCCACUCAUCGAUCUUCAAAGCCCGGAACUACGGAUACGACCUGCGAUGCGGUGCCAAAGAUUUCACCAAUGCCCUGUACCGACACGCUACUCUCAUUGUGAACGCCUAG